AUGCUGCCCACAUCGCUGGCAGGCUCUUACCAGCAGUACAAGCAAGACACUACCGUCUUCACAACAUGGCUUUCGAAAGCUGCUAUUGCCUGUGGUUACGAAAUUCCAUCCGAACAUCUCCAAAAACCCACUCCCACGGCUCAGACAAAGGCACAAACUCCUUCCAAGCGACUCAAAGGCAAGGCAAGAAAAGAGGCUGCAGAGAUCCCGAAGGUUGAAACUGGAAAACCGGACACGCGUCCAAUCAUCAGAUAUGUUGUGCCAACGAAAGAGUUGAUCAAGCAGGCAGAGGUUGUGGCAAAGCAAGGAAAGCGUGUUCUACCACAAGGAUUGAGAAGAGUUGCAAAUCGUGCGAUUGAUGCCCGAAGACGAUGUGCAGAUUGGUUUCGAACAUCAAAAGUCAAGAAUGAGCAUUCGGAUGAGGCCAUCCAACUUGUUCGUCAAAAUGAGGAAGAGAUCCUAGCUUCUGCCCCAAAUUUGUUCAACAAGAAACGAUCAUAUAACACUAUAGCCAUCGUCAUAUUCUACGCCAAUGCUUUCAGCGAAGGAUACGAUCCGGCCGAAAAGAUGAGAUCGAAUGAUUCUUUGAAGCCAACACCAUUCGAUGACUUCAUAUAUCUAUCAACAGCUCGAAUCCUUAUGAAGAUGGAUUUCUUUAGCAAGAUGCCAGAUAAUAUUGCUUAUCCGGCCCCAAUAUGGCCAUUGAGAAUGUCUUUUAUCUCUCGACCAGAACUUCUUGCUAUGCCAUACAUAAAGCACAAGGAGAAGGAAGAUGUUAUUCUUUCGCAGCACAUCAUCGAUCAUGAUAUGUAU